CUGGGAUUGACGGUAUCAUAAACGCCGAUUUGUUGCAGACUCCCACCUACUCGACCACAGCCUCUACGAAGUUGUAGAGCAUUCUUCCGCCCUCCGCCCUGGGCCCUCCUACACCUACGCCAGACAGGGAACCAUCCCCCUUCGUCCGUCCGCUGCUCCGAGUCCAUCUAUCGAGCCCAGAAAAAAAAGCAAAUCACACUCGAUAUCGACUGAAGACAAUCGAGAAGACAUCCUCUCUCUGAGAACGAGAUAUAUCUGCCCCAUAUACCCUCCCGUCGUCCCUCCAUAAUGGCCACACAUUCCCACGACGGUGGGCCCUCACACUCGCAUUCGCACGACCAGACCAACGGGGCCGCCGCCGCCGCCCAUGGCCACUCGCACGAAAUCCUCGACGGCCCAGGGUCGUAUCUGCACCGCGAGAUGCCCAUCGUCGAGGGCCGCGACUUCUCGGACCGUGCCUUUACAAUUGGCAUCGGCGGGCCCGUGGGGUCCGGCAAGACGGCGCUCAUGCUCGAACUCUGCCUGGCCCUGCGGCGCGAGUACAACAUCGCGGCCGUGACCAACGACAUCUUCACGCGCGAGGACGCCGAGUUCCUGACCAAACACGGCGCCCUGACGCCCGAGCGCAUCGUCGCCAUCGAGACGGGCGGCUGUCCGCACGCCGCCGUCCGCGAAGACAUCUCCGCCAACCUGCUCGCCCUGCAGGGGCUGCACACCAAGUUCGGCACGGAUCUGCUGCUGAUCGAGUCCGGCGGCGACAACCUGGCGGCGAACUACUCGCGGGAGUUGGCCGACUUUAUCAUCUACGUCAUCGACGUCGCGGGCGGCGACAAGGUACCCAGAAAAGGCGGGCCCGGCAUAACGGGGAGCGAUCUGCUCGUGAUCAAUAAAUGCGAUCUUGCCGACGCCGUCGGUGCGGAUGUAGAUCUCAUGGAGCGCGAGGCGAAUAAGAUACGCGAGGGCGGACCCGUCGUGAGGGCGGUGAUCAAGCACGGCGUCGGCGUCAGGGAGACGGUGGAUUUGGUUCUGAGUGCGUGGAAGAGUACGGCCGGCUAUGCGGAGAGUCGGAAGCGUUGGGCCAACGGUGCGCAGAGGGGGAGUGGCGAACAGCCUCAGGUGAGCAGGUAUACGCAUGUUCCGCAUAACUAGAAUAACUAGAGGUGGAAUCAGCGAGAAGACGGGAAAGAUGGCGACCUGAAUUGCACAGAUUAUAUGAUGUACGCAUGUAAAAUACUAGCCGACAUGAAGAGAAGAGGAAACGACAGGGCAGGACCACCCACACCAUCAUGGCUUGAAUUCUCUCGAACGGAGCACGGCAUACUUGAGUAGAUUUACCAUUUUGUAUCUCUACAUGAGAUGUAUACCUAGGUAGUCAAGUCAGACCUUCCAGGCUGACACUCAUCUCCUGGCAAACCGCGCCAAUGCAGGGCCCAAGUCGACUUUAUCCCUCUUCAACUUCUCCUUGUC